CUGCUCGGUCGCGCUCAUUGGCUGUGCUGCUUGUCGACGUCAUUGGGUUCCCCCCUCGUCGUGUUCUCCUCUGUUUGCGCCUGCGCAGUUCUGAAUCAAGACUGGAGUCUCUCGAGCAGCAGCAACAACGCACAAACAGUGGGGAACAGCAGCCCCCCUCUCCUGCAAGCCAGCAGCUUCUACAUGCAUUGGGUUUGUGAUUUUACCUGAUGUCAGCACCCUCAGGGGGUGGGAGGGUCUGCAAAAUCAAAACCCAGUAACUGACCUCAGUUGAAACUUUCAGCUGGUGCCCACUUCUGUGACCGCCCCCAUGUUCCUGCAUAGCACUAAAUAGCUCUUUCUAAAAAACACUGUUGCACAGCUGAAAGAAGAGACUUGUUUUCAGUAUGGAGGGCGUAGCAGUGCAAAACCUGAUAGACUUUGACCUGCCCUCAGAUAACACAGCUCUCAGCGCAGAUGCAAGCCAACAUGAAGGCCACACAGAUAUUUUCUCCCCAGAGCCAGCGUCUUCCAUGGGAGUCCAACAGCAGCCCUUACUGCCAGAGCCCAUGGCACCAUCCAAGGCCAACUCUCACCACCAACACCACCACCACCGCCAAGAGGAAGGAGGCAACGACAGUGACGCCACAGAGUCAGCAGACAGCGAGAACGACAUGGACCCACCCUCUCAUACGUGGGAGCUGAGGAGGUCAUCGUCUUCGUCCGCUCACAGUCGGGAGGACGCUGACGCUGAGGCGGUGGAGAAGAGGCAGUUCAUGAAGGCUUAUGUGGAGAAGGUGUUUCAUGGAAAGGAGGACUUUGACCAGGAAGAGAAGGCUCGGUUUGGAGAACUGUGCAGUGGAGAGACUAGCAAAGGCAGGGAGUGGUUUGCCAAAUAUGUCAGCGCACAGCGCUGCCACUCUAAAUGUGUGAGUGAAGCUACCUUCUACAGACUGAUGCAGUCUUUUGCAGUUGUCCUGUUCGAAUGUUACCAGAUGGACGACUACAGCCCGGCCAAAAACCUCAUGACUAUGUGCUUCACAUACUACUACAUUGGGAAGUCUCAGCCGUCUCCCUCAGAGCUGCUGGAUCGUGGUGGACCUCCAGCUGGUCUGGACUCAUACCUCAACAAGGCCAACUCCUGGCUGACUGGGAAAAAGGAUGCUGCCGAACGCCUCCUUAAAACUACACCUAAGCCUGACGUCAAAGGCUUCUUUGGAGGUCUAGAGAGCAAGCUGAGGAGCUCAAUGGCUCCUAAGCCUGAACAAGGGGAAAGCCCAGGUGAGACGAAGCCCAAAUCACCAGUGUCUGAGGCUCCGGAGGAAAAGAAAGGAGAGAAGGUUUACCUGUACACUCACCUGAAGCAGCAGCCUAUCUGGCACACGCUGAGAUUUUGGAACGCUGCUUUUUUUGAUGCUGUCCAUUGUGAAAGGAAGAAAAGAUCACCAACCACAAGGGGAACGCAGGAUGAAGAGAAAGACGAGAGGGAGAAGUGGUGUCACAUGACCCAGGAGGAGAGGGACGACAGCUCCAAAAUCGAUGAGAACAUUGUCUUCGGCCAACUGGGGACAUUCACCCAUAACAUGCUGGCGUUUGGGCUCAGUAAGAAGCUGUGCAAUGACUUCCUGAAGAAGCAGGCAGUGAUUGGGAACCUGAAUGAAGAACAGUACAAGUUGCUGAGUGACCACAUAGAGAAAAUGGCGGCAGAGUGAGUUUGAGGACGACAGGUUGCAUUUCGAAGUCUCUGCAUCAAAGACUGAAAGCACACAGACAUCAGAUUUCUUUUCAGCUCUUCAUAGUGACCAAUUCCCUGUUUGACUGUUGUUGCAUUUUGUGUGGUGCACUGCUGAGAAACGGCAUAAUCCUCUGCACUGAACUGUGCCAUAGUUGUAGCAAACACUUGUUUAUCCAGCUUGUUCGUGCUCUUCUGCAUCCUGUUCCUGUAUCAGCAAUAAUACGAUAUCAGCAGCUGGUGCAUACUUCAAUAUCUGUAACGCCUCUGUCUGUGACCUGCUUUACCAAAACUAGAAGCAUCAAGUGAAACCACCAAGUAUAAAACCUGAACAUGCUCGAUAUGGUGUCAGAUAGAUAAUGCUGUUUUAUUCUGUGUUUCCUUGGAAACCCUAUUUAUUACAUGUUAGCGUAACACAUCUAAUAACAUCUGGUGUGUCAUCCUGACGUAUCAUCCUGCCUUGUUUAGAUUUACAUAAACGUCCACACACAGGUCGAAGCAGACGGGUACACGGCUCAUAGUGUUCUAAUCUACUAUUUGUGUGGUGUCUAAAGCUGAUUACUGUACACUGUAACACUGUAGUAUCCUAAUUGGCAAUACAAACUAAUAAUACAGCUUUGAAAUCAUGUAAUAUAUAACUUUAUUGUUGGCAUUUUAAAAUGGCUGAAGUAAUAUCCCUCCAUGACCUCUCUUAAAGAAAUAAAUGGUCUGCGCUCUACCAGGUGAGCCACCGGGGCGCCCCUCAUCACUAUUUCUCUCCGCUAGAAACACUUCUGUUGUGUUGUGAGUGGUUGCAGCACAUAUUGUCAAAUUGAUGAAGAUGUUUUCUGAAUUUGUUUGUGUUUUCUUAAGUUGCAGUGUGUUGAGCUCUCUGGGCCAUCGUAGGAAACACCUACCAGCGCUUCUGAAGCUCACAAGUUAACAUGCAUUUUGUUUGUUUAAUUCACACAAAACUGAAGUGUAAAAAUGACAGUUUGCAUAUUUUGUUAAAACCACAACUUGUGAUUUUUACACUUCGGUUGUUGUGUGGAUUAAACAAACAUGAUAUGAUGUGUUAAUUGGUGCAGUUUAGAGGUGCUGGUAGGCGGACGGGUUGCUGUAGAGAGGAUGUAGAGCAGAGGACGUCAGUAGAGUAGGCAGUCCUUGUGGCCCAGGACACAUUUGCGUUCACACUCCUAAAAGAAUUCGGACACAUGUGGCCCAGACCACCUCCAAAUGUAUCCUCGAUAUGUCUUGGGUGUGUUCACACCUGAACUUCGAGCUGACCACUUGUGAUCAGAUCACCUGAGAUGGAUGUUAAUAUCAGG